AUGCAUUUCGCAGUCAGUUCCAUCACCCUGCUCGUGGCGAGCACCGCCGUGGCUCUGGAAAAUCCGCAUCGCAAAGCAGUCAGACCAAUCAAGCUAGAUCAUGGCCAUCUAAAGCCCCGGGCUGUCACUGUUACCGAUGACGGAGGCUAUAAGUAUCUGAAUAAGAAGACGCAGCGAUUUCUGGUAAAUGGCACGGGCAUUCCCGAGGUGGACUUCGACGUGGGUGAAUCUUAUGCCGGUACUCUUCCCAACACGCCAGCUGGGAAUUCCAGUCUAUUCUUCUGGUUCUUCCCCUCUCAGAACCCCAAAGCACAUGACGAGAUCACCAUCUGGUUGAAUGGAGGCCCUGGGUGUAGUUCGCUUGACGGAUUGCUGCAGGAAAAUGGUCCUUUUCUCUGGCAGUCGGGCACCUACAAGCCCGUCCGCAAUCCAUACUCGUGGACUAACCUGACCAACAUGGUCUAUGUGGAUCAACCGGCCGGAACUGGCUUCUCGCCGGGGCCGUCCACAGUCAACGAUGAGGAGGAUGUUGCAAGGCAGUUUAAGAGCUGGUUCAAGCACUUCGUUGAUACCUUUAAUCUGCAUGGCCGCAAGGUGUAUAUUACUGGAGAAAGCUAUGCUGGACAGUAUAUUCCCUACAUUGCCUCGGCCAUGCUGGACGAGAAAGAUAAAAAGUACUUCAAUGUGAAGGGUAUCCAGAUCAACGAUCCGUCCAUCAACGACGAUUCUGUGAUGAUAUAUGCCCCCGCUGUCAGCCAUCUGAACCAGUACCUGAACGUCUUCUCUCUCAAUGAUACUUUCGUCAAGCAUAUCAACAAACGUGCUGAGGAAUGUGGAUACAACAAGUUUCUGGAUGAGGCUAUUACCUACCCACCCCCAAAGAAAUUCCCUGUUGUCCCCGACCCAUCCAAGAACAACUGCGCCCUCUGGGAUGAAAUCGUUCAGGCGGCCUACUACGUCAACCCUUGCUUCAACUUCUACCAUCUCACCGACUUUUGUCCGUACCUAUGGGAUGAGAUGGGUUUCCCCUCGUUGGCCGGAGGUCCCAAUAAUUAUUUCAAUCGCUCGGAUGUUCAAAAGGCCCUUCACGUCCCUCCAACGGACUACUCCGUCUGUGGGGAAACCACGAUCUUCGCUAAAGGCGAUCAAUCGGUCCCCAGCGCCCUUGGUCCUCUCCCUAGUGUGAUUGAGCGUACCAACAACGUCCUCAUCGGACAUGGAUGGCUUGACUAUCUGCUAUUCGUGAACGGAUCUCUCGCGACGAUUCAAAAUAUGACGUGGAACGGUGCGCAGGGCUUUCAGCACCCGCCUGUAGAACCCCUUUACGUUCCCUAUCAUUAUGGCCUUGCAGAGCUCGGGACAUCUACGGCGCCGGAUCCAUACAUUUUGAACGCGGGGGCUGGGUAUUUGGGUACCGCGCACACUGAGCGCGGCCUCACCUUCUCAACGGUCUACAUGGCUGGCCACGAAAUCCCGCAGUACACGCCUGGAGCAGCUUACCGUCAAUUGGAAUUCCUGCUCGGCCGUAUUGACAACCUGUCGUCGCCAGGAAGCUAUACUGCAUAG